GAAAACGGAUUGGAAGUAGACAUACUCAACAAUAAUGACUCCUUGGCACAGUAUGGCGAAUUCCCUUGGGUAGUUUACAUAAUGAGAGGUGAACACAAAAAUCAAAAACAAAAAUCAUCCCCGGCGAGUAAUAACUUUGUCUGUGGCGGUACUUUGAUUCAUCCUCGGUUUGUGGUAACAACGGCUCACAAUACGGAUGGCAAAUCGAAGUUGAUCGCACGUUUCGGCGAAUGGGACAUUAGCACCACAAAGGAACCAUAUCCGCACAAGGAUAUCAGCGUCACGGAGAUCAUCAAACAUCCCGACUAUGUGCACAACCCCAUACAGAACGAUAUUGCACUGUUGUUGCUGGAGGAAAACGUACAAUACCACAAGCAUAUUCAACCAAUAUGUCUGCCGCAACCUAAUGAUCAGUUCGUAGGCGAAAGUUGCAUCUCCAACGGUUGGGGCGAGCAGCGUGGAGUGUACGCGAACGUGAUGAAGAAAAUAACGCUUCCGGUUAUUACCAACAAGGAGUGUACCCGUAUGCUGCGCUUUGCUGGGCUUGGACCAUUCUAUAAUCUCCGGGAGGGUUUCAUCUGUGCUGGUGGUGAAGCCGGUGUCGAUAUGUGCAAAGGCGACGGAGGAUCACCACUCGCGUGCCAAACCGAAAGUGGCACGUUCGUGCUGGCUGGAAUUGUUUCGUGGGGUAUUGGAUGUGGAGGCCAUGAAUUGCCCGGCAUGUACGUUGCUGUGAACCAGUACGUAGAUUGGAUCAACGAAAUCAUCACAGGCCAUAGUUUAGAAUUUGAUAUUACACUGUAAAACGCAAGAAGCGAACGGGCGGAUCUGUUAGGAUUACAUUUAGAAAACAAUAAAUGAUGCUUGGACAUUUGCUUGCAACAC